ACACACACACUGAUGCGUCUCUCACAGCAUCCAUUUCACGGAGACUCCAGCUCGCAGCGGAGGACACGGUGCGCAUUUCUCUGAGCCACGGAGCUGCUCUCUCCUCAACUCCGUUUCCUAGAGCGGCUGGCGGGCGGAGCGACACUUUUCCCUGCGUUUAUCCACACUGUUUCGAGCCUGUUUCCUUGGAGCACAGAGGAGAUUCUGCAUCCUGUUUGUGUAUUUGCAGCUCAACGGAAUAUCCGACGGUUCAAGUUUUCUUGGAAGUUGCGCAGUGACAAAAAAUGAGGGGCAUUUGUGGCUAUUUGGCACUGCCUGGGAAAUGCCUUGUGGUCCUCGGACUUAAAUUGUUAUUCCUUGUACCUGCAGGAGUUCCAGCCAGAACCGGAGACUCAGUAUUAAAGGACAACAUCACCGUCAGACAGGGGGACAACGCCGUCUUAAAAUGCAAUGUAGAUAGCAAAGUAUCACGAGUGGCCUGGCUCAACCGCACCACCAUUCUCUUCGCAGGAAGUGAGAAGUGGUCUCUGGACCCUCGCGUCAUCCUGAUGGAAAACACAGCCGUCACAGAGUACAGCAUCAUGAUCCAAAAUGUUGACGUCCAUGACGAGGGGCCCUACGUCUGCUCCAUCCUCACAAACAAGAAACCAAAAUCCACAAAAGUGCAUGUCAUCGUUCAAGUACCCGCCAAGAUCACCAACAUAUCGAAGGACGUCACGGUGAACGAAGGCAGCCCGGUCAGUCUGAUGUGUCUGGGGGUGGGCCGGCCCGAGGCCAACGUCAUCUGGAAGCAUCACUCCCCAAGUGGCACUCAUACAUUUGUCACGGAGGGGGAACAUCUGGAGCUGACAGCCGUCACCAAAGAGCUGUCAGGGUCGUACGAGUGCAUCGCUUCUAACGACAUCUCCAGCCCUGACGUCAGGACAGUGCAAGUCACAGUGAACUACCCUCCCUUCAUUUCUAAAGCGAGGAGUACGGGUACUGCAGUGGGACAAAAAGGAGUCCUGCAAUGCGAAGCCUCUGCUGUCCCCAGGGCAGAUUUUGAGUGGUACAAAGAAGACAGCAGGCUCUUCAAUGGACUGAAUGGUGUUAAGAUAGAGAAUCAGGGUAAACAGUCGAUGCUCGUCUUCUUCAACGUCUCCGAAGAAGACUAUGGAAACUACACAUGUGUUGCAGUGAAUAAUAUGGGAAUCACUAAUGCCAGCAUAAUCCUUUAUGGUCCGGGGGCCAUGCACGAUGUGAACGGGGCCGCCGCCCUGCCCCGGGCCUCUGUCUGCCUCCUGCUGACUGUAGCCCCCCUCUACCUGCUGAGGUUCUGAUGGGAGGGGACCACCUGCUCCCACAGCACUGAGCGCAAAGAACAGACUAUCAGUCCUACAAGAAGAACGGGAAGUUAAGAGGGCCAGUGGUUGCUUCUUAGUUUUCUUUCUCUUUUUCUUUCUGGCUUUGCAUCAGAGUCUGUUCUCUGUACGCUCGCCAAGAGUGAGAGGCAUCAAUCCGAUGGAGGGAAAUUUGAAUCAUGCACUAAUAUGAUGAUGAUGUUAGAACUACUGAGUUUGUGUCCCCCCAAACCUUUUUGUAUGUGAAAGGCAAAAAGAAGAAAAAAUAUGUGUAACUGUUGAUAGUUGACUGUUUAUUGCUAUUGCUAAUAUUGAAGUGUACAUUCAGAUUAUUAUUAUUAUUAUUAUUAUUAUUAUUAUUAUUAUUAUUAUUAUUAUUAUUAUUGUGUCAUGUCCGGUUCAAUAUCUGUACAAUACCAUUAAGCUUUUUUUAAGUAAAUGACAAAAAAAGGAAAAAAUGCAAUGUGGUUGAUGAAUUUUACUGUAUUUUUACAGUUGUAUGCAAAACAGAGUAACAGGUCCUUGGUGAUAAACACUUCAGACUAAUAAAUGGUGAACCUUGAUUUCUCAGGCAAAGUCCCACAGCAUAGUGCACAGCAUUUAUUUUCAUCCUAAUGUGUGUAGAACAUGUACAAACGUGUACAGACUAUUCCUGCACUGUUGUUUUCUGCUUUCCUGAAACACCGCUCAUAGCAGCUUCACGGCAUAUUCACAAAAAAAUGAAAUGGUACUUUCAGACAUUUAUGAUAAGGUUUAUAUGGGUUAAGGUGCUGGUCAGUACUACAGUAAAGUUUAAAGUUUAACAUACAGAUAACAUAAAAAAACUGAAACGUUGACUUUAAUUAAGUGUAUUAAAGGUCCCCUAUUAUACUGUUUUUCAUCAAUAUAUAAGAGGUCUCAGAUAUAUACAAAACAUG